UACGAUAUUGAUCCUUCUGAUCCGAAUCGAAAAGUGAAACACAAGAAGAUCAAUACUGCAUUCCUAAAACAUCAACGUUGGAAAGCAGAACAAGAGAGACUGGAACAGGAGCAUGGAAGGGCCAAUAAAACCAAAGCACAAUCCAAACCAGAAUCCAAGUCGGAUAAAGGAAAAGCUGAUACAACAACCACAACAGGAAGGAGCUUGCCCUUCCUCUUCGUCAAAUGGAGCUUGGUUGCUGUUUUAUGUGCGUUCGGCCUUGGACAAUUCAUUGCCGGAGAUGCAUUAUGGGGUUAUCGUGGAAAGUAUGUUCAAAAGGAAACAUUCAUGCCACCAACAAGGAUGUUUACUCCAGCAGAACUUGCAAAAUACGAUGGAAAAGAUGAAUUGAAGCCGAUCUAUCUUUCUAUCUUGGGACAUGUUUACGAUGUCACGCCUGGAAAAUGGGUAUAUGGUCCAAAAGGCAGCUACCACUUCUUUGCAGGCAGAGAUGCAAGUCGGGCUUUCGUUACGGGUUGUUUCCACACCCCUUCCCAUCUAUCGCACGAUUUACGUGGAUUAAACAAGGACGAAGUUGCGGCAAUCGAAGAAUGGAAAAACUUCUUCGAUAAUCAUCAAAGGUAUAAGUUUGUGGGUAAAUUAGACCUUCCACGAAUCAGUAAAUCUUCUCCUAUACCUAAACCCUGUAACACAAAUGCAGACAAG